AUCCACCCAGAAAGGAGGUUCACAUACAAACAGAUCUACGAGGCCUCCAACAUCUUGGCCAACCAGCUCCAUGACGCUGGCAUCACUAAUGGCGAUGUCGUCAUGAUCUUUGCCUACCAUUCCGUCGAACUCCUCAUGGCCUUCAUGGGAACCCUCGCUGCCGGCGCUACCAUCACUGUCCUAGACCCCGCGUACCCUCCGGUGAGACAGCAGAUCUACCUUGAAGUGUCCCAACCAAGGGCCCUGAUCACCAUCGGAAGAGCCAAAGACGAUAAUGGUCCUUUCGCGCCGCGUGUCCAGAAUUAUAUUGACGAGGAACUACAUCUCAAGACACGGGUCCCCGAGAUGCGGAUGAGUGACGAUGGCCACCUCACUGGCGGUGAGGUUGAUGGAAAGGAAAUCUUUACCGACGCUGAAGGCGAAGCAUCAACGCCUCCGGAUGUUCUAGUUGGACCAGACUCGUCAAGUAUUCUGAGCUUUACCAGUGGCACGACAUCUACGCCUAAGGGGGUGAUGGGCAGACAUUACAGCCUAGCCAGAUACUUCCCCUAGAUGGCGGAGCAAUUCCGAUGGACGUCAAAGACAAAUGGCAUAAGCCAUGACCCCCCAUUCAGCGGGACU